GUGAGCCAGUGUGGAGUGGGUGCCUCGCCUGCCUCGAAUUCUCGCGCCACUCCUUACGCAGCCGCUCGACCUCAACGGAAGUGUGUGUAAUUUUGUAACGCUGCAUGAGCCUCAUCAGACGCAGAAAUGUCUUUCUCGCAGCUCUCGUCCCUGGAAAUGACAGACUCAGAUUCACAGGACAUUGAAAUGCCUGAUUCUGACACAGUAGAAUACAGCAAUCCACCAGUGCUUGAAAUAUCGAGUCCGGAAGAGGAGAGUCUCGACCUAUCGGACCCGGAGCUGUAUGAUCCUGAACUGGAGGACUCGGAAUUAGCAGACUUUUCGUCUUUUGAUUCCCUGCACUCUGAAUUAUCGGAUCCAGAACUCCAUGACUCGGAGCUCGUGGACCUCGAGUUAAUAGAGCAGGUGUCGGAUUUAGAUCUCGAGGAUCCCGAGGUAACCUUCCCGCCAACACCCGAGGAGGAGCCCAACCCGCCCAAACCGUCCAACCCGCCCAACCCGCCCAACCCUGUCCCCUCACGUCCUAUUGGCAUGGUCACUCAGGUUUGAAAAGACGCUGAUAUAUGUUUUAGACUCGGAUGAAAAUACUGCCAUAAGAGAACUGGAUUUCCUGUGUAAUAUUGAUCCUUCAUUGUGUGUAUCGCGUGGACCCGAUGCGCAACGGCCUCGAAAAAAGAUCCGUGCGUCAACUACAGUGAACGAAAUGAACAUGAAAAACAAGAGGCGGCUUAAACGAUGAUGAAACUAGCUCUCCAAAUGUAAGAAAAAAAAUCAUGUGUGUUUUAUCUGAAAUUCAUGUGUUAGUCGGUAAAUUUCCUUAGAAAAUCCUCUAGAAUGAGAAGUGAAUAAUUGUUGUGCUUUGUUACGUGUGCAUGAAAAUAAACUGUCUGUGUUUUCUACAUGACAAGUGUGUUGCAGCGACACUAUUUUUAUGACUGGCAGCCGAAAAAAAAAAAGUUAUGUGUGGUAAGUGGCAUUAUUUUCUGAUCGUGACUG